AUGAUCACAGCAAAACUUCACUGGCCUACCAUCACCGACCGCCUCGCUAAACUCCCCUCAACAAUCCCGCCUCACGAGCGAUACGCCCAUGUAGCCAACAAUAUCGCAAGCGUGGUCCGAUGGAAUAAGGAUCUUCUUGAAGGGAUGCUCCUCGAGGCACAGGCCCAUUGUUGCGCUGCUGAGUUUGCGGCAAAAGAUUGGUCCGAGAGUACCGAUGCCAAUGAUAGCAAAUCUGCUGAGAGGACAAGCUCUAAGGAAAGGGAAGAGAACGAGGAAAAGUGCAGGUUUUAUGAGAUUUUGAUCGAGGUUUUGGAGGGCAACGUCAAUCUUUUCUGCGUCUCAGGAAGUUUUCUAAUGAUUUGCAUAGGAAAAAUCAAGAAGUUGAAGACUCCGGUUGAUGAGGAGAGUUUGGAGGAUGAUUACGGUAGGAAUCUGGUGUUUUUCUUCUUGGGCUAUCAAGUCGGAAGGAGGUUCGUUGACUGUAGUGCUGUCUACAGAGAUGGUUGA